AUGGGAGGAUGGAAUAUGCCUAUGUGGUGCCAUCUGUUUAUCCAAACAUUCACCGGGGCUGCUCAGGCCUGGUUUGACAGCCUCCCUCCGGGAAAGAUCAAGUCUUGGGUUGAUUUCAGGACGCAGUUUGUAAACCACUUCAGUCAGCAAAGACGUUACCAGCGCGACACAACUGAAGUAACAGACAUUUGGCGAAGAGAGAACGAAGGUCUAGAGGAUUUCAUCAUUCUCUUUAACAAGGAGUGUUUAGAAAUUGGUGGUGUAAGCGAACAGCUCAUGCGCGCUCACUUUAAGAAAGCCAUUCGUUGUGAUAGCCUCAUCAGGACUAUCACAGGAAAAGAUGGAAUGCCCAAGGAAUGGGAUAAGCUCAUGGAAGCCGCGAAGAUAGUCGCCCAAACUGAAGAGUCAUUGGCCGGUCACAAGAAUUCUUACUCUGAAGACAGAUUUUCCAAAGGAAGCUCGCGCGAUAACAACAGGCGUAACAAAGGCAAGAACCCUGGAUGGAAAGCCAGCCAUUCCAGCGGUUAUGACGAGCGACCACGAUACAGAGAAGACGCGUGA